UUGGUUGUUAGUUUCUGAGCAGGAUCACAGAUAAAAACUACUGGCAUGAUAUUUCAUAAUUUCAUUGGUGGAUUAGUCUAAAUGGGCAAAGGGAGAACCCAUUCAAUGUUGGAGUUGAUCAUAAUGAUUUAGUGUUGGAAAGCUCCAUAGCACAGGUCUGCACUCUGGGGUUGUCUAGGUUUUAGUUUUUCUUUGCUGACUUGACAUUACUUUGUGAGUCAACCUGAUCUUCUUGCUUGUUUAGCAGAUUCCAUCAUGGUUGCAGAUCUCAAUACUUUCACUGAGAUACUUGGAAAAGUGUUCUGUGGGAAGACUUCACCUUGUGUUUACACUUGAAACAAAACCAUCCCUUAUAUAAAUAUCACCAGAGAACAGCUUUGUCUCUGGUUUGAAUAGACAUUGUAGUAUCACAGUAAGCUGUGCUUGGAAUCUCUCUGGACAUAAAACACAACUUUAUUUACUAUCGCUUUGCACACUAGGUGAUAUUAUUUUUGGGGGGUUUUCAGGACACAGAUGAAGUUCAUCUAAUAUUUGUCUCAAUCAGCAUCAUCAUGGCUGAGUCUGGUUUCCCUUUACCACCAGAGGACUUCUGUGCACUGUGUGCGGACACACUAAGAGACCCGGUCACCAUCCCCUGUGGAGACACCUACUGCCUGGAGUGCAUCAAGGUCUACUGGGACCAGUUUGACCACAUGGGUGUGUACAGGUGCCCACAGUGCCGCGCCACCUAUACCCCGCGACCCGUGCUUAAACGAAAUCUGCCCGACGUGAACCAACAGACACAACGCCAGCUCCCGGAGCUCACUCCUUUCCCAUACAUGCAUCGAGAAUCCUUCUGCGAUUUCUGUGUUGGCCAUCGCAAAAAGGCUGUUAAGUCUUGCCUCAUGUGCCUGGCCUAUUACUGCGAAACUCAUGUCAAGCCACAUUAUGAGUCAUCCACUUUCAAAAGACACAAGCUGGUCGAUGAGAUGGGCCACCUGGACAGGAAAAUCUGCCCCCAGCAUGAAAAAGGCCUCGAGCUGUUCUGUCGCACUGACCAGAUGUGCAUCUGUGUGCUGUGUACGGUCAGAGAGCACCGCAGCCACAACAUUACCUCAGCAGAAGAAGAGCGCAAUGAGAAACAAAAAGUCCUGGUGGUCACCCAGUCUGAGGUCCAGUACAUCAUUCAGGAGAGGAUGAAGGAGUUGCAGGAGCUCAAACAUAAUGUGGAAGUUCUCAAAAGUGGUGCCCAACGAGCACAGGCAGAAAGUGAUAAGACCUUUCAUGAAAUGCUGCAGGCGGUGGAGCGCUGGAAGGCUGAAAUCCAUCAGAUGAUAACAGCCAACAUGCAGUCUGCGAUGUCGCAGGCUGAGGGCUACGUGGACCGCCUUGAGCAGGAGAUACAGGAGCUGCAGCGCAGAGACGCAGAGCUUCGGCAGAUCCUCGAAACAGAGGACAACAUUCACUUCCUGCAGAAUUUUCCGACCCUUUGCGUUCCUCCGGAGGCCAUGGUGCCCAAAGUGCUCAUCAACCCUCAGUUCUCUUUUGGAGAGAUGAGUAAGACGGCCAUGGAGAUGAAGGAAAAUCUGGACGAUAUAUGUAAGAAGGAAUUGAGCAAAAUCUCCAAAACAGUUAGUGAAACCCCAGUGUACAUACUUUUGCCAAGAAAUGGAGACAAACGACUCAAAGUUCCUUCCAGAGUUGAUUUUCAGGAGCCAAAAACCAGGAUGGACUUCUUAAGAUACACCUGCAAGAUGUCCUUUGAUCCAAACACAGUCUAUAAAGAGCUGGUCCUGUCUGAGGGCAACCAGAAGGUCACGCGAAAGAAAACAGUCCACUUUCACCCAGAUCACCCAGAACGCUUUGAUGGUUUCUCGCAGGUGUUGUGCAUGGAGUCUUUUACUGGUUUCAGGUUUUACUGGGAGGCAGAGUGGAGUGGCGAGUUUUCCAUUGGGGUGGCCUACAAGACCAUCAGUCGCAAAGGGAAGAACUCGCACAGCCUGCUGGGCUACAACGAAAAGUCCUGGAGUCUCCUUUGCUCGGACUCAGGCUACUCUGCCUGGCACAACAAAGUAGAGAGAGACCUUCCUGAAGCUCCCAGAGCCACACGGAUUGGUGUGUACCUGGAUUAUGCUGGAAACACUGUGGCCUUUUACUCAGUAUCAGAACACAACAUGGUGCUGAUCCACAGAUUCAAAGCUCAGUUCAGUGAGCCUUUGUAUGCUGGUUUUGGUGUAGGCUCUUCUGUAACCCUCUGCCAGCUAAAGAAAAAUGCAAAGCCUUACUAAAAUAAAAAAAUGAAUGAGGGAAGUUGUUUAAAUUCAAUUGUGAAGGGUAAUAAUCUUAAGCUUUGAUCAUUAUGCACUGGCUUUAACAAUCUGUGGAUAAGUGACAAAAAUAUGCUUGUGUUAUAUUUAUGUGUGUCUGUAUGAACAGUAAAAAAUCUACAUGCUAUUGUUUUAGGUUUUAUUGUCUCACAGAGAGCAACUUUCAUAAUGAAGGUGGGAAGCGAUAACAUAACACACAAAAAAACAUUGCUAACAUUUUUAUAAUUAGACAACAUGAGGACAUAGUAUUCAGUUUAUCAUGUUCAAAUACCAUCCAUUAUUAAUAUUUGACAAAAAAAUGUAAACCAAGUUAUAAGAUGUUCUUUUUGUUGGCACUUGUACAAAAAGGUUUCUGGCCAUGCUCUCUUUGAUGCCAAGACAUCGUGUGACAUUAGAAAACACUUAAAUAAUUGCAAUAGCUGUUAACAUUCCCUUCCUAAGAUUAAGACAGGUAUUAUAUUGACAUUUGAUGAGGAAAGAGCAACAUUCUGGGAAUUUGGUGGUAUUCCCUACAAGCACAACAACUGCCAUUUGGAUCUGGGACAAAGUUGUGUACAUCAGAUUAAUCCAAAAGAUAUUAAAACCCUUUUUUUCUUCAA